AUGUCGCACAGCAGGUCAGGUGGCAAUGACGUAACAACCGCAAUAAGAAAGUUUCAGAAAUUUUUUGGUCUCUCUGUGACAGGAAAGCUUGACCAGGCCACCAUGAAGGUGAUGAGCAAACCGCGAUGCGGACUCCCGGAUGUUGUUAGUAAAGAUGAAGGAAAGCGCAUGAAAAGAUUUUCUACAUGGGGAAAGUGGAGGAAAACGGAUCUAAAGUACUAUGUGUCUUAUGGCGCGGAUCUGUCCCCCAGCACUCAAGAUAGAAUCUUUGCAAAUGCUUUCACAUUUUGGAGUGACGCAGCACCAAAACUGCGAUUUGAGAGAGUAUACAGGCUCAAAGACGCAGACCUGCGUAUCAGGUUUUGUCUCCCUUCUAUCACUGGUAGAUUGAUAUCCCACAAGAAAUUUCGCGUCAAUACAGACGUUUUACAUACAAACUUGCCUUAAGACUUAUUGAAAAAUUCUUUUUACGCAUACAAAUCGAGCUUCUCGCUCAAGUGUCGGUGCAUCACAUUGGGAAAAAAGCCAAAAUGGGAUUUGGAAUGUAAAAAGUAAAGAAUAGGCCUUCCAAACUGUAAUACAUCAAGCUCCUAAAUGCAGGAUUUUAAUUCCGUUUCUUUAUUUGGGCGUAGAUCCUAAACGUAAGCCUUUUUGGCAGAAAAUUAACAUGCAUAUAUGACAUCUCACCAGCUCGCGCCAAUACUGCUGACAUGGCAUAAAAUCCAUUCUGAAUUUUAGUUUCUUUCGUCUUUAAGAGUCAAACGGAUCUGAGUACAAUAAUCCAAUCUUGAAUUUUCGAGAAGUAUCAAGCCCAAUGAAAGAUCAACUGAGAAUCGUUGCAAUCGACAUUUAUUUUUUGUGAUAUAACUUUUAUCACAACGUUUUACAAUUUUGAUUGAUUGAUUGAUUGAUUUAUUGAUUGAUUUGACUGAUUGAUUGUUUGAUUGAUUAAAGCUUUGGAAGACGAGAGCACCAAGGUCCCGGAGAGAGUCGCUGUUAUUAUGCCUUUGACGGCAAAAUUGGCUUGUUCGUUGGAAGUGUGCUCGCCCAUGCCUUCUACCCUUCCGAUGGUCGAAUCCAUUUCGAUGAAGAUGAGAAGUAUACGGAGACCGGUUCAUUUUGAGGUUUUUCUCAAAGUCUAGCUGAUGUGGCUACUCAUGAGAUUGGUCACGCGUUAGGGUUACGACACUCAACUGUGAAAGGCUCUGUAAUGUGGCCAAUAGUAAAACACGGUGAACCCGAAAUACAUGAAGAUGAUAUUAAAGGGAUAAGGUCAUUGUAUGGUUAAUGUGAGUGUCUGUCUAUGGUCUUACAUGUAGAAAACAGUUUAUGUUUGAGUGCUAGAAGCGCUGAAAUGAUAGACGCAUCACACUGUAUUUUUCUCUUGAUCGAAAUAGCUUGCAAACUUCUAAUCGCUCAUUUUUUUUUCCUUUCAAUUUUUUUUUUUUUCGGAUAGCUUAGGAUUCCCAAAAUUCUUUGUGGAACAGAAUUAAAAUCACAAGUCAUUUCAUCAAAAAAAAAAUAUGUCAUCGUUAGAGCCUCGAGUACGAACGUCAACAUUUAUUGCUGAUUAUCCUAGCGUAUCCAAUGGAAUCACUUCUUAUAAUUUUCCUUUCGUUUUUUCUUUCCUUUUUUUUUCUUCCUCUACUUCUUUUUUUGUAGGUUGUAGCGGCCAGUGGUUCGAAACAGCUUUUCAACACCCAGCCUAGUCUCAAGAUAACUGUUGACUGAGAGUUUGAAAAUAAAAUCGUUUGAAAUAGAAAUGAUAUUGGCGUGAAUAAUUACUUGAACACAAGCUACAGUGAUAUGUCUAUCACUAUCUACCUUUUUCAUCCAAUUCGAUGUAGCAAGGUGUGUCGUCACAGUCCGUUAGAGUGUCUCAAAAGGCCAGACUGUCCACUUUGAGCUACUAACUUCAAAAACGGUUGUGACUGGAAUGGAUACCCCAAAGUCAGAUUGUCACCCUCACUCAAAAUACAGGAUAGGAGUCUUAUAACUUAAUGUAGUAAAUAAGAGAACAAAGAAAACAGAAAAAAACAGUAGGUAGAAUGUGGGACUUCAACUCGCGUCAUUUCAUGUAUCCACUACAACAUCAAGGGUAAACUGCCGACACCGUUUAAUUUGAACGUAUUUUACAUGGCGUUGAUCAUUACAUUAUUGAAAGCUAACCGUUUUUAAAACGGUGCUUGACCCUAAACACUGUACUUCAGUGGUAAACCCUGUAUUCACCUCUUUUCCUUGCACAGCUGUCUCUUACUCUGAUUUCCCCACUUUUUUAAAAGUUCUCGUGUCCAGUAAAUUCGCCUAAAUAUAGUAUAGCGUGGUGUAGUGUAAUAAACAUAUGGUGUCCAACCGGAUUUUGAGGUAUCCAUUCUAGUCACAACCCUUCACAAACACCAAUCUAGGCUGCGAUUCCCUACCAAUCAAAUAUGACUGUAAUCAUUUGGAACUCCCUGGUAGUUAUUUAGUGAGUGUACCGGCUGGCUCUUUAAAGGUCUUCAAAUUUAGACCCUUAUGAUUGGAAAAAAAAUGUUUUGAAUUAAACUGACACCCUCAUUCUAGAACGCUGAACUCGUUCUGCAGCAUUCGUACAUUCGAAAUACUAUACCACGUUUUAAGGAAUGUGCCUCAACCCGUUCAGUAGCGUUCGAGAGUACUAAAUUUUUUGCUGUUUUGUUUUUUUUAUGUGAUUUUACUAGCUUCACUUAAUAGGAAACAGAAAAAUAUAGCAAAAGCAUGUAACGCACUUAUAAUAAAUUAGUAAGCACGAUCAAGUGAAGAAAAAAAAGAAAAGAGUUGCCAGCUAGGGUACAACAUCUUUAAGGUGAAUAUACAUAAUGUACAGGUAAAAACGGAUAUUCUGCACAUGCUUCGAACUCAGAAGUCUGUAGAAUGUUGGCUGUAAUGGCUGUAAGGAUACACAUUGAGUAAUGAUCUGGAUGGUGGGUCGUGUAAAAAUUUGUUGUUAAGCUAUCCACCCUCACAGGCGUUCUUUUGAACGCGUGAAGAACUCCUGAACGUCUAUGUGGAAGGCUUAAGUUAUACCUACAUUCAGGUUAUCGACCAUAGCCAAUAAACUGACGGGCGCUUGGAAACGGAGAAAAGGCCUAAAAAGGCUUGAAACCAGUUAUACCUUUUUGGCACAAAAUUUCUGUUAAAGUGGAGACGUUUAUACAAAAUAUAUUGAAGAUGGGAAAUAAUCUGAUCAUUGCAUUAACAGAAGUAAAAAAGUGAGCCUUUUCUGUACUUGUCUAGCUAGAUCCCUAGCAAGGAAUGCCGCCUAUUUUUGAUUUGAAAAAUAAUGCCUCCUGACGCUUGCGAGCCAAGCUGCAGCCACUUUCUGUCUGUUUUAGGUUAUUUAUAUAUGUAAAAAAUUCACUGUAUCAAAGUUCCCGAUUAAUUCCUCAUAAUCAGCCGGCGCUAACCAUAUUUGGAAGAUGCAUACCAAUCGAUAAUCGAUUUGAUGUUAUAUUGUUAGCAGCCUCGUUUCCGGGCAACUAUACAGCUUCGGUUGCAGAACUGUAGGACGGGACAGUCUAGCUCCUCGGUGGAUUGAAUCGUCCUUAAUCUCAAUAAUUCCUCACAUCAUACUCGACCUCCUUCAAUGCAAUAACUAAGUGUGACAUGAACUGGCAUUUUGCCUCCCUGUUUAGUUAAUUGGCAGGUAUACACAAUUCCUUCACUAAUUAUCCCCACUAAAUUUUUAAAAGAUAAAAAUAAUUCAAGACUGGAAAAGGUAUGGGACACUGGCUUACUGAUUUUUCGGACAAAUUUUAGUCCCAGAUUAAGAGUGUGCAAAACUUUGGGGAUUGAUAUAGUACUUGUUAGUGUAGAGGGUACUUAAAAAUGCUUUGAAAAGGAUUUUGGAGAAAAAGUACCGGCGGGCAUCGGUAAAGGCCACAAGUUGUUCGAGGCCUCCAUGAUCUAUUUAACUACAAAUUUGACUUAAGAGAUAGGCGGUGUCCGAGGUCCAUCCAUGCUUCGGGUGCUAAUUAUUCGCUCUUGAAAUAUAUUUAAAAAGUAAUUAAAAUAUUCAUUUACAAAAAAUUGUAAGUGGAAAGUUUAAUCAACAUUGCAAAUCAUAACUAAUCCUGAACAAACACAAUAACGUGUGAAACAUCAAAAUGUCAUAAGAAAUUACGUUAACUACUAGGGGUAAGGUAUUUGCCAAUGUGAAUGUGUCAUGUUAUCUUAGAUUAAGAUCUCAACUUUAAUAACUUUUCCUUCCGCCGAGGAACUUGAUUUUUUUUUUUUUCGUUUGUUUAAUUAACACUGAAUGAAAUGUUAGUAGUGGACAGCUGAGAAAAUUGAAGUUAUCCAGAUAGUAAAUGAACAUCGUGGCAGCUAAAAUUCUUCUAGCUAUCAGUUGUGGUUGAACUUGAAACUGGUUAGCAUGUUUCGUUUGGCGGCUUUGAUUUUGCUUAUAGAUUUCCAUGCAGUUAUUUGCAAGAGCGAGGCAGUUAGCGACGAUUCUGUCUUGGUAAGGGUUUCUGAGUCCACUAAACCAUUAAAUUCUACACUGUUAUAAUCGGAACGUUUCUAGCCAUGAUAUAGUCUAAAGGCGAUGACCGAUUAUUGCUUUGUUCAUUCAAGAAAAUAUAGAUUAAAAGAGAAAGUUUAAAAUUAGAAUUAGGCUUAACAAAUUGUUAGGUUGUCAAAUUAAAGUUAGAGUUUGUGGUGAGAUUUUGAGUUUCCCUCUUGUACAUUUGUCACUUAAAGCUUAAUAGAAGAGUUGGACACUAGUUCAGAUUUCACAAAAGGCUAAUUCUCUACUUUUUUUUUUCUGUCGCUAAUUGCUACUGAGGAGAGUUUCCCGCAAUGAAAACCCGAAAAGUUCAUUAAGGCAUUAAAGGUGAAAGAAAAUGAAAAGGGUGAUGUCCGUAUAAAUAUCAGUUAUUUAGCAAAACAUAAUGCAUUUCUAUGUUAGCUUCAAGAGGUUUAAAUCGAUGCAAGGUUUAUUAUUGAGUGGUUAAUGAAUCGAACCAUUCAAACAAUUCCAACAUUUUCGUUCUAGAACUAUCUCUCCAAAUUCGGCUACAUUUCACAUAGCAGAUCGCGCAAUAAUGACGCCACCUUCUCAGUAAAGAAGUUCCAGCAAUUCUUUGGCUUACCUGCGACCGGUGAAUUAGACGAGGAAACCGUUGAAAUGAUGAAGAAACCACGAUGUGGAAACCCAGACGUUAACGACAAUGGGUUACGCGUCAGGCGUUAUGAUGUAGGAUAUGGCAAGUGGGAAAAAUCACCACUGAAAUACCACCUGAGUUUUGGUGAAGAUCUGGCACGUGAUCUUCAAGCAAGAAUCUUCGCCAAUGCAUUCAGAAAGUGGAGCGAUGCGGCACCCAAGUUACGAUUUAUCAGAACAUUUAACCGUGAAGAUGCUGACCUAAAAAUAAGGUAAUCGUGACACUUUUUCCUAUCUAAGAUCCAACAGAUUUUAUUGUACCCGCUCGAUUAAUUUCUUUGUUUUUCCUCUUUUUUUCCUGUUAAUCUUUUCUGAUAACCCAAUUUGUGUUAUUACUAUACCAUGUAGAACAUUGCCAGGUGUCAUAUCAACAUGGGCUUUGAUUUUCUUUUCUUUUGGUAUUUGCCGUUAUUAUUCUUGAAUCUUUUGAGAUUGUUAUUUUACGUUGCGUGUUUGUGUGUUUUUUUUUUUUCGGCAGUAGGAGGUCGUUUUACUAUCAUCGUCAUCAUCGAUAUCAUCAUCAUCAUAAUGAUCGUCGUCAUCAUCAAUAUGAUCGUUAUUAUAAUUAUAAUUAUUAUUAUUUUUAUUAUUGUUAUUAUUAUGAUGAAUGACAUCGGCAUUGACAAAAAGCAUCAACUUUAUAUAAUCAAGAAAAUGAUAAAUAUAGCCAUUAGAGCAACAUAUUAUAUCUUUUGUUGUAGAAAUAGGAAUUGGGAUAGCCCAGACUUAAUGCAAAUUUGUUUUAUUUUCUUUUUCUUUUUUUUCUUUUUUUUUUCGCUUUUGUGUUGUUUUGUUUUUGCUUUUGGUUUUUUCUUUUAAUCAUCCCAUCUCCAGCAGCAUUUGUGAACUACCUAUACGUGGCGAGAUUUACAAUUGUACAUUCAAAAAAACAAAUAAAGCUUCCAUCAUUAUUAUAUUCAUGAUCAUUAUUAGUAUUGGUAUUAUUGUAUACCAACCACCCAAGUAUGAUGCAAUUAGAAAUAUUAAGUCAACUAAGAUACGCGGAUUCCGCUGGGGGGUCGGAUUUUUUUUCCGAACAUUUCUUAGUUCUACUGAGUAUUAUUGUUGUUUUCUUAUUUUCUAAUUUCUUUUUGCAGCUUUGGAGAGAAGGAACAUAAAGGACCUGGCGAACAAGACUGUUUUUCACCUUUUGAUGGGCUCGGAGAAGUCUUGGCUCAUGGCAUAACCCCUCCGGACGGCCGAAUUCAUUUCGACGAAGCAGAAAAAUGGACAGAGAAGGGAAGUCGGUUUUGGUCUAAAACAGAAAGUCUUUAUCAGGUUGCUACCCACGAGAUUGGUCACGCUUUGGGACUUGGGCACUCUACAGACGCUGAUGCUGUGAUGUGGCCAUUGAGCAAGAAGGGCAAGCCAAAGCUGACCAAAGAUGAUAUUGCCGGGAUUAGAAAAUUAUACGGUAGGUGGCUAAAGUCAAGAAAUGGUGUAACAUGACCACUGUCCGAAUAAGCGUUUUUAAGAUGAUCGAAAUUAUACUAUUUAUGCGUCCACAGACUUUACGUUUUCCAGAGGGCACUAUAUUAGUCGCCAUAUGCAUCUGCACAUCUCGUCGCAUAAUACAUCUUUUUUCCCUCUUGGGGGGGUAGGGGGGAGGGGGAGAGAUGUAUUAAGAGAGAUUAGCAUACGGCGAAUGUCAAACAGUCGAACCUCCCUGGUAAGCGACAGCCUUCCGUGGGCAACCACUUCUUCAAAACACCAAGCCCUACAGCUGGAACCUCUGUUAAACGACUAACCCAUGUAAUUAAGCAACCUCGACCACUAUAAGGGGAUGACGGUUCUAUAACUGUCCAUUGUUUUUACCUCUUGUAAGCUGCACCGCUACUUGAUAUAAUGGGUCUGAUCUCUAUGCACGCUGUACAAAAACAAAAUGCCCUUUAUUUGAGUGUCAAUGUAUUUAGCACGAAAGUUAUGUACUAAUUGGAAACACUGUUUUUACGUCUCCUUAUACUGGAGAGGGGACUGCCAUUUUUCGUGGUCAUCCGAGCCACGCGAAGGUCUAGCCACUUGCAGUGCAAAGAACAGAACCUUCAUUUGUCAGUUAUUUUAAGACCCUGAGUAUCGGUCCCGUCCCGGGACUCGAACCCGCGACCUCCCUCUCUCCACUCACACGUCACGUUAUACUAGGGAGCUUAAGCAACCACGACGACAACCACAACGACGACUUCAAAAAAAAAACAAUAGGUUUAAUGAUCAAAACAACAGCUCUGCACGUGCAUCACGCUUUUUAGUACAUUUCUUUGAUGUCUACUGCACGACUACGACGGGAAACCCCCUAAUUUGACUCUUUAUGGAGGACGUGGACAUACUAAGACGAAUUUCCCUUCAUCUUUGUUAGCCUGAAUAAAAUCCUUAAGCUUUCAACUCCAGGAAAAGUCGCCUGCAUUUGACAUAUUGAGCGGAUCCAAAUAGACGCGAUUAAGUUUGAAAGAACGCAAAUUCAUUUUUUUACCGUCGUUUUCACUGUUGUCGUUGUCGUCCUUGCUUGAGGUCACUAUUGCCUGAGCUGUACGUACUAUUCUGCUCCCAGUAUUCGAAAAGCGUUUAGUAAAAAUAUGUAACUACGCAUACUGUAUAGUAAGUGAAACUGUAUUCAAUAAAUUAUCUUCCAUAAAAUAAAUGAUUCCGUACCGGGUCAAAUUCUCCUAAGCAGCCACCUCCCGUAAGCGACCCCAAAAGUCUUCAGAUUUUGGUGAUCGCUUACGAAGAGGUUUGAGUGUAUUUACCUUUAAAUUUUCCAUUUUCUUACUUAGUAUUUUGAUAUUUGUAAUCUCUAAUUAAGACUUUUGUUUUUCUUUUUCUCCUUCUUUGAUUCAGGUUGAUGCUCAUAUGGUCAGUUUCCACUGAAACAGAUCUGUAAUAAUUGACAUGAAAAGGCAAAUGAGUAAAUAAAACGAGUUAACAUGAAACCUGUCUCCUGAUCGUCUAUUACGUACUGAACAUUACAAAUGAAGGGUAAAAAGAGAAAAUGGACGCAAAAAUUAACUUAUAGUUACAUCGAAAAUGAAAAUGUUAGUACAAUUAGGUGUGUGUAUAAUUAUGUAAGAAUGUUUUUGUUUUUGUUUUGUUUUUUUCACGCGUGAUCCGGGAUACAUCGUAAACAAUGAAAAUUAAAUGGAUUUCGAACUGCGAUACGAAGAAGGAACUACUAAUUAUAAGAGAAAUUAUGAACUGUUUUUUCACAUAAUUUUGAAAGAGUCUGGUUUCUGAAUGUCAGGGAUUAGAACAAAAACAAAUCGACAGUAGGCAUUAAAGGAGAGGUAUACUUGCAGAUUACAAAGAAACUACAACUCACCCAUAAUCAAUCCGCAGGAAUGUUUGGUAUACUCAUUUGUAUACCUGUGAUUUAUUGGGAUGCGCGUAUGAUAUGACAUUGUCUAGCAGCUUUACUUCAAAGGUUUUCCUUUUUAGCGCAAUAAGAAUACUAUUGUAGAAACCCUGAAUCUUGGGCGGCCAAAUUUUCUGUGGUGUGAACUGGGAAAAAAGCUCCACAAUAGGAAACUCUUAAGGUUUUCCUUAGAAGUGUUACGAGAAUGCUAUAAUUGUCGAUAUCCUGAAUUUUAAGCGCACGUCUAAAAGAAAUGCGACAAAAACCCAGCUACGAAACUUGAAAACUAUGGAAAUUUAAGUCUGUCUCUAGGUAUAGAUCAAGGCAAUGGUGACUUUUUCAUUCGAAUACCAUGUUUCAUUCUGGGAAGACAUAGUCGUUAGGCUUCCCAGAAUAGAUUUUAAUUCAUUACAUAACGUUUAAUAUAAAAGCUUUUACAUGUUACCCUUUAAUAAACAGCUCAUUUCUAUAAAUAUUUCUAGAAUGGGGAGAGAAUAAAAUUUUCAUUAGCAGGGUGGUUUUCCUCUGACAAGUAAUACUUAUAUUUAAGUAGAAAAACUAACGAAAAGAGGUAUUUCAUACUAAACAGUUCAACACCAUUAACGAGGUGCAGGAAAAUAGGAGUGGACACUUUAAAUAACCCUGAAAAAGCUAAAGUUCCUUAUGAAUAAGUAUAGUAAAAAGUCUUUUAAAAUUUUUGGCACUUGUAAUGCAAUUGAAAGGUUUUAAAAGCACUAUUAAUGUGGCCUAAAACACGUUGAGAGUCACCGUCAAACAGCGAAUUUUCUAUUUUUGAGCAAUAAUUUAAAAAAAUAAUAAUUUCGUUUGUCCAUCUGUUCUUGUUUAAACCACAAAAUGCAGUGGCCUCUUGAAAACUACGUAGAUUUCUUACUAUUCUAAAAAAUAAAUAUAUAAAUAUAUUUAAAAAGUACCUCCUUUAAAUUUAAAAACAAUCUACCUUUAAGUGUUGUUGGGAUUACUGAAGAAGAUUUGAUUUGAUACUUAAGAGCAACUUGUACUACUCUUAAAGUUAUUCUCAGUGAAGAGUCAUUAUCAGAAAAAUGUUUAUUUAAUUUUAAUAGCUUUAUUCAAAAUAAAUCACACACCAGAUAUAAAGUCCUUAACGAGGUAAUUUGGUCAACAGCCAAUGGUUUUUCUUUUCUGAUUGAUUUAUUUUCCCUCAAAAUUGAGCCAGAAUGCCUCACUCUACGCCCCUUAAAGACACUUUUUAACUGGUCUGUAGUGAAAUAUUGUCAAAAUAUUCGCAUCGUUUUAGCUGAUGGAGUGCUUGUCCAAAUUGUGUUUAUAUAAGUAAUUAAAAAUUAUUAAACAAUAUCGGUCUAUAACCUAAGUCACCUUCUCUGAAGUAUGCUGUUUAAAUAGACAAGCAGCUGAUUUUAGCCCUUGCAUUUUAAAUUAAGAGUGCUCGUGUUUUUUAUAUGCAAAAACCCUUUAAAAAACACUGACGGUAAAGCAAUAAAACACCAGUCAGUGCCGGAUUGUGCCGGAUUCAGACCUAGAGAUAGUGGGCGGUCAUCGAGACCCUUAGGUAAGGGGGUGGGGGGGUUGGGGGGGGCUGGGCCAUCUCUCAAAACUUUUUUUCGGCUCUUCAGGCCUCAGUUUGGUCCAAAAAUAAGCGGGGGAGGGGGGGUGUGGAGCCCCCGGGCUCCAUCUCUAGUUCCGCCAUUGCCAGUCAUGAUCUGCUGAAGUAAUUGCCAGCUCAAUGUUUAUGCAGCCGCACCUAAAAACAUUUUCAAAGAUAAUUGUAUUUGUAAUUUACUGAAAAGUACAUGUCUCACUUAAUAUUUAUACAGCUUGAAAAGCUACAAACAUAAAUAAAGGCCGAUGGUGUACUGGUUAUGCAGUUAACUGAAUGUCACACCAGUAAAGAUGGUUGUCAUCUUGGUAAUUGUUUCGUUGCUCUUUCUAAAUGCUGCCGUUUGUGAGGAGGAUGAAACCGAUUUCGCAUUGGUAGGUUAAACGUAUCCGUUUAUUAUUACAAAUCAGAAAGAUAGAAGUUUUGAGACUUAGAAGUUACUAUCAAUUUGUUUCUGAUUAUUCAUUAGCUUACUAAGGCCGGUGAAGCACGGUUAGUAGUAGUUUUCGUUCUAGAUCCAACAAAACCACUUAAUAUGAUAACUAAUUAGAGCAUUAUUAUUUGACAGCCUUAUAGCCUAUUGGCUGAAUUGCGACUUUAAUUUUCAUAAACUACGCUGUGAUUAGAAGAGAAAGGAAGUUCAUCAUUGAAUAUGUUGAGUUAUUAUAUGGCUGAGUCUGUUUUCGCCAUGCGAUUGGUCAAUUUGCGGUCCGUAACUUGCUAUAAGGACCAAAAUUUUUCAAAGAAAAUGCUCAUUUCGGAGGUCUAAAUCUCUUUACCUCGGAAAAAAUAUUUAAAUAAAGUUAUAAGACGCCUGUCAACCUUGAGGACUUGGAUGUUGACUUUGGCCUUCAACAUUUUAAACUGUGUUUAUUUGUGAACGAAGGCGAUGAAGAAACUAACUCGUAAUCUUAUCGUUGAGGAUUCUAGUCAGUGUUUGAAAAUUUUAUCGUAGUACACAGUUAAGAAGACGAAAAUCGACUAGCGGAGAUUCCAGACGUUUUGCGACUGAGAAAAUAAGUAAUUCCUUCAACAAAUAUGAUAACAAACAUACCUGCACCCGAUCAUCUUGACAAGCUUCUUUGCCAUUGGCAGUGUUUUUUCAAAGACCAACUAAGGAAAAAUAGAAGCGAGUUCGAGGCAGACUCAAUACUGUCCAGUUUUCAAAAGACUCCAGCGUCACAUUAACGAGUGAAUACUUACAAUGUUUUUAGUUUCCACAGAAUAAACUUUGAAAUAUGUAUGUAAGCCCUGAGAACUGGGAUGUUGACUUUGCCUUUGCAAAUUUUAACCUAGCUUUGUUUUAAUGACAACGAAGCUGUUGUAGAAAAUGAAUCGUAACCUUACCGAGGAGGAGAAUUCUAGUCGAGUGUUUGAAAAUUUUAACGCAGAUCACAACUGAAGACGAGAAUCCACUGGCAGAAAGAGAGGUUUUCCAAAAAAAAAUUAACAAGCGAAUCUAGUUCGACAAUGACAACAAACUUACUUUGAAAAGCUUCUUUGCCUUUUGCAGUAUUUUUUCACAAGGACAAACGGAGGAAAGAUGGAAACGACUUCUAGACAGACACAGUGUCCGGUUUCCAAAAUACUCGGUCCGUAAUUUACUAUACGGACCGAAAACUCGGCUAAUAAGAGGUACUUAUCUAAAGAGAGGUAACACUCCCGAAAAAAUUUCCAACAUUGCUCUUAUGCCUUUUUUUUUCCUUUCCUCCGGUUAGAAUUACCUCACCAAUUUUGGCUACAUAUCCAAAACCCGUUCGGGAAAUCACGAUCCUAAAACUGCGAUUAAAGGUUUUCAGAGCUUCUUUGGUCUACCUGAGACAGGGGAACUUGAUGACGAAACAAUAUACCAAAUGAAAAAGCCACGUUGUGGAGUCCCGGAUGUUUACAACGAAAAUGGAAGAGUGAAACGCUCACCGUAUCCAGGCACUGUAACAAAAUGGAGACAGACCUAUUUUACGUACUUUGUGUACAAAGGAGAAGAUCUUCCAGAAUCUGAGCAGCAACGAAUCUUUGCCAAGGCCUUUAACAUCUGGAAAGCUGCUGCACCAAGGUUAAGGUUUACCAGAGAAAAGACUCAGGAAUAUGAACCAACAAAGGCUGACCUGAAAAUCAGGUAGAAUUUUCUCUUUUCUUAGGUAAUGCCAAUAUCAAUUAUUUAGUAAUAUCUUGUUUUAUCAUAUAACUGAAUCCACGGGCGGGCAAGGUGAAGCGACUUUUGUUUUCUGAUUGGCUACCCCAGUGAUCAAAUUAAGAUGGGGUUAUCUGGCCCGCACGAAAUUUGUGAUUUGUGAUUGGUGGAUUUCGAUCCGUUUUCUGUGUUUCUCGGUUCGUUGCUUUUGAACGUCAGAGUUCGGUCGCGUGUUUUUGAAUAGGGCAGUAAGUUUGAAACAGCAGUAAACAGCAGCAGUAAACAGCAGAUGGGUUAAUAUUGGCCUUGCUUUUUCUUCUUUCCCUUUUUCUUCUGUUUAAUAUGAACCUGGGCCUCCUCUAAGUCCAUAAAAACGUAAAAAAGAACUUGGCCGAUAUUAGCCAACUUGACCUCCAGCUUGGUCAACAAAGCAUAUGUUUCUACAACAAAGCGUGUUAAAAAGCCAAAAAUUACUUUUAAACUGUUGUUUAGGUAUUUGCCAAGCACAUCACCUAAUACAAGUAGGUUAAUGCUUGUUUUCUGAUUCAUAGUCUGCGUUGCUAAUAUUUUCAAACAUUUUUACCACUAUGUAUAGUUAUGUUUUAACUUACGGUUUUUCGUUUAUUUUCCUGUGGUAUGCAAUCAGUUUUGGCAAGGAAAGGCAUUCUGGAACUCCGUUUGAACCUCGCUGCACAACCGUAUUUGAUGGCAAAGGAGGCAUGGUAGCGCACGCUUAUGCUCCGCGGGAAGGGCGAAUCCAUUUUGACGACGACGAAAAAUGGACCGAGAAGGGUGGAUUUUGGAGUAGAUCACAAAGCUUGCUGUUUACCGCGGUCCACGAGAUUGGCCACGCUCUGGGUCUCAAUCACUCCAACAGAAAAGACUCCGUCAUGUGGCCAGAAGCCCAGAAAGGUGUUCCUAAGCUUUCUAGUGAGGACGUUAGAGCAAUACGGCAGUUGUUCAGUAAGUCUGUUGUUUUCUCUCUCAAUUUAGAUGGUUGGAUGUGUUUUCUGUGCCUGAUGUUGUCUGUUUGACCAUGACCUAGGCAAAAAGUAAAAUAUGAACAGGUACACCUCAUCAGGAAUGACUGUUUUGGAGUUGUAAAUCGUCAUAGACAAAAAAAUAUAUAAUAAUGGAAACGGUUCCUUGAUAAAAUGCAGUGAAAGUCCCAAAACUGUUUUUUUUUUCUUUAACGGCUAAAGACUUUUAUUAAUAAAAUGAAGCUCUUGAACGUUCAUGUGCCCAUUUCUUUUCACAAGACUGAAAAGUCUGAGAAGAUGACAUUGUAACAAUGAAAAAUCAAAGUAGGAGUUGCAACACAAAAGUUGCAGCCUGGGGUCUGGGAUACAGAAUUAUUUUCCUACUUUCGAGAUUUACUCGAGUUUGCUUUCUUGAUUCAGUGAGGGGUGAAUUGUGCCAAUGCUUUCUUUUCGCUUCCUGCCCUUUUUCGUGCUCUCAUUGAGCGACACACGUCUUUGACACAGAUGUAUGACGUUCUGUAAGUUGUUACGAUCGUAUUUUGUGUUACGUUAAAGUGCCCAUAACCUAAAAUUUUUCAUUUUCUUAUCUGAAACUAUAACUUAUUAAAAUAACUUCUGCGAUUUUUUUAUCAAUUUUUGAAGUCUUCAUUUCUAAGAUACACCCACGACGCUGGUCACGCAAACUACCAAGGCUCACAUAUGACGUCAUGUGACGUAAAUUAAGGACCUCGCAUUACCUUGCCUUCACCUGCUUUACACAAAAAAGAUCAAUUACAAGUAAGGAUUGACUCACAACGUCUUCGCAAGAAGAAAGUUUUUCUGAGGCAGAAAAACCUACCAGAACUCUUAAUUUUUACCUGUCAAUAGAGUCACGUGUUCCUUGAAGUACGUCAUAUGACGUCAUACUCUGAGAGAAGACUAAGACGAAUGGUGUGCCAAAAUGGCGGCAAAUUUGAACGUUUUUAAAAAAUUCUAAAAAAAAUCGUCUUUGGUUCAAUUGGCAAAUUUUUUUAGCAGAAGUUAUUUUAAUAAGGUGUAGUUUCAGAUAAGAAAAUAUAAAAUUUUAGGUUAUGGUCACUUUAAGUUACCAACGGUUUGUUUUUCCUUUCAGAUUAACGCUGAUGUUGGUGUAAUCGACAGUAAUGAGUUUGUUAAAGCGAAUCAUACUACUAACAACGAGUUUAAAUAAAGAAGUUAAAAGAAGAAAAAAAAAUUGCAAAGAUACUUUGUGUAUUGGUCCUUGAUAGCUACAGUGAAUAAUUGGGCAGAGAGGGAAUCUUAGGGCGUUGGCAUGGAUAUGAGAAUUUCACAAAAGUUAUUUUGAGAAUCUGUAAUAAAACGGAAGAUCAACUCCUGAGACGUCCGCAGUCCACGCGCGAUUGUCUCAAAAUAAACAGUGCAGAAUAUUGCUAUGGUUAGUGCUGAAUUCUUUCUUAACAACACUGAAUAUAAGUUUGCAGACCUCUCCAGGAACCAACCUCCGAUUAAUUUUAAGCGUUAAAUUGGUCUUAAGACUGGGCGUUUUCCCCUACGGUCCCAUUACUAUUUCUUGAUAAUUAUUUUUUUCCGAUGCACAGUUGUCCAGGCAAGCAACGAGAGAGACGUAGUUGGGCGCUAACCUGAGUGGUUGUUGGGAGAGCCGAGUAGGGGGCAGGGUUCUGUUAAAGGCUUUGUUUUCUGGAUAGUUGGCUGUUGAUUGUAUCUAAAAAGCUACAAUAUAGCAGUUCAGGACAAAAAAAAGAAGUGACCUGAUAGAAAUAUGAAAUUAAUUGCCAUGAACGUGUAACAAUAGAGAGUUUUCAGUCACUUGGCUAAUAGCUAUGCAAAUCAGUGGAAAUAAAAGAUAGUUUUUGCAUUAGAAAAAAAAAUUCUUCUACCACAGGACUGAUUUGAACAUCAAAUGAAUAUGUCCGCCGUUUCGUUGUUUUGGGACACCAAUAUGGUUGACGUGACAUCAUUUGAAAACUCGCUGUAUACAGGCGCCUAGUAACAUAAAGAAGUGAAUCUUAGCCUUCUACGGCUUAGUGUGGUCCAGAACAUUUGAAAGAAUUUAUGGUUUUUAUUGCGUUAAUAUUACUUAAAGCUCCCUCCAAAGGCGUUCCUCCAAUAAUAAUUUAAAAAAUGGUCGUUAACUUUUUGAAAGGGCCAAUCUAAAGCAUGCAACACAACAGUCUACACUCGGCUGUGAGUGAAUAGAAAAACAAAACUAAAGAAAAAUAGGCCAGGAAUCUUCCCUGCCUAUUUCAGAGAAUGUUCUCAAUUGUUACUUGCUUAAAAAAGAUUCUUAACAGGUGCAAACCCAAAGGACAGACGUUUUUUUUUUUUGAACAUCUCAGUGUUAGGUUGCGUGUAAAAAGGGUAUUUGUGGUUACAAAAAAAGAAAUGACCUUGUCAUCAGUACUUAGAACCUCUUGAAAAGUGGUGCUCAUUUCCUCUAACUACAGUGAAAAGGAGGCAAACCGUGUGGUCGAUGGCAUUCCGUCCAACCCAAAAUGAGAGGGGAAAAAACAUGUUUUUGUCUAUUCCACACGAUCAAUUUCCUUUCAAAGCGAAAUGAAGAGUGAUCGUAUUAACACGAUAAUUUUAUCAAAUUUAAUAUAUUGUCGCAUUUAUCAUUUAAAUUACGCAUAUAUGGGAUCAUCGCGACAUAAAGCAAUACACUGAAAGUGUGCGAUAUUACAAUGAGGCUGCAGCUAUAUUGUUAUAUUUCAUUCAACUGAUUCAAGGAUCAACAAUUGACAAAUGGUUCAAAAAUUCCUUUCGUUGAUAACCAGAAAGGUGUUACAAUGCUUUGUACCUUCGUGGCUUUCUCUCUUGUCCUGAUAAACAGUGUAGUAAGUGAAGUUGACCCUGACGACGAGAAAUUUGCUACGGUAAGUCAAAACACCGGGAAAGAAUAACGCCUCUUGGGUUGUUUACAAAUACACGUAUACGUAUGUAAAGACAAAGAGAAUCAGUUUCUGUCUUGAAAUUGAACGUGCAAUAGAUCGAGUUAUUUUCAGGGAAGAGUGUUUUUCAGAAACUAGAUCGAUCUAGAGUAGCACAAAUGAUUCCUCUCAAUGCGACUUUUCAAAACAGAGGGUUCCACUCUUCAAAUUCCUGCAGAAAGUUAACGUCCUAAAUUCGGAAAAAAAAAAUAAACAUAUAAUAGCAAACGAGACCAGAUCAAAGAUAUCGUCAAGAGCGAGAGCAACAGUGAUUAUCCAUUACUUCAAAUAACUCUUUAUGACGUUUAUACUAGUAUCAUGCAGUCUGUGAGAAUCAAUGAACUCACCCCUUAAUUACAACCUAUAGUAAACAUUGAGCAAAUGACGAGAGCUCUUAGAAUUUUGUAACUGAUGUUUCUACCUCUUGUUUUUUUGGGCGAUGAUCUGUUUUUCUCGAACCCUCAUUUAUCCUACAAGUGAAACACCAUUGCCUAAAGCCUAAAGCAGUGGGAAUAAACGACUAGACUAUUCCCAUGUAAGAAAAUCCAAGACAGUCUUGGAAUUCUGGAUUCCACGCCAUGGAUUCCAGAUUUCAGGAACUGGAUUUCAGUCUUUGUCAGUGGAACUUGGAUUCUGGAUUCCAAUCGUUAGUGGGAUUCUGGAUUCCUUGAGCUGUAUUCCAGACUCCAAAGCCCAGGAUUCCGGACUCCACAAGCAAAAAUUUCCCAGAUUCUGGAAUCCGGAUUCCCUUUCAUGGGGCGAAUUAGAUCACCGUGCCCUUUGCACUCAUAAUGAAUUCUACUGAUAUUUUACUUUCCCGAUCUAUCCGUGUAAUAGAAUCUAAGUCUGCAAGAACCAGCAAUAAAUGAUAUUUUUUAUACAUUUUUCUUUUCAAUCUAUGUUGAUUAAACUCUACAAAAUUUAUCCAAUGUGCAUGCUUGUAUUUUUAAGAAGAGCUAGAGUGCAGAGUUUUUAUUCGCCGUUUUUAUGCAUGGGUUAUAUUAUACCUGAAGGUAGGUUUCAUGAGCCUGAUUUCAAACUCUAGUGUAGAUCAUUCCAUUCCUUGGCGCAGUAAGGUUUUUAGUCUGCUGAUUUUCUUAUUUGUUUAAGGUAAUUUUGAAGCAUAUUCUUUACUUAGAAAUUUCAUGAAUAGGAGUUAGCAUUUAACUGCCGUUUGCAUUGCAUAUCAUAAUGUCUUCGUGUUUCUUUGGCACUACUCUUUUAGCUCGAUAUUUGAGCUUAUAAAGGAUAAUAUGGUACAUAUAUUCCUUUUGUUAACCAGCGCAUUGUAUUACUCAUAAUUACAAUCUGACCUUCAAUAAAGUUCUAAAAACUUUGAACUUUUUAGAAGCAUCAAAACAUAACACUGAACCAUGGCCAAUAUUAACCAAGGCUAUUUUGAGCCACAUUUUUGGAUAUUGCAUACCAAGUAACCCUUAAGAUGAAAAGUGUUUCGAAAAAACAUACCAUUAAAAGCGACUAUCCAAAGUUAUUAUUAAUAUUAUUAUUAUUAUCAUAAUUGUUACAUAUAAAGCAUCUACUUUCAGCCGAAGCCACUUAAUGAAGAGUUGAAGAAAACUUAAGGACCUAGCCAAACUGUCAGACAGGAAGGUCCAAUCUCGUUUACUGAAGGUCAUUUCUGAAUUUGACAGCCAUUUACUUUUAUAACGGACAUUUAGUAAUUCAUAAAAAAUUAGUCAGAGCAAACCAAUUCCAAUGGAGACUUGAAAAUCAGAUCGUUAUACACUGGGCUCUAAACAACUAUUAUCACUACACACGGCGAAAUGACAAACUACCCUCUCUGAAACGCUCCUUUUCGCGAGCCAAACGGCAAAGUGCGGGCUGUAAAUGGAAUUUGCAGCCCGCAACAUGAUUUCAUGUUAAAAAAUAUUUUCUUAUGAAAUAAAUUUCUACGGUUUGGCCUUGUAUAUUGAUACUAAUGAUAAUCACAUGACUUUUGGAGGUCAUACAGUUUAUUUGUGUCCCGACGUAGCAUCAUUUGCAACUAUAUGCCCUCAAGAAGACACGUGCUAUAUAUAUAUAUAUACAUAUAUAUAUUUUUUUUUUUCAGAGUAACUUUAACUUUAUUUAAAUUUGGAAAUAUAACAAAAAAAGAAAGAAAGAAAUACAUUGGGACUGGCCUGCAGUUAGCGAGGCUAUUCGAGGCAGGCCAGGCUACAUAAUUUACUACAAACUAGACAAAUACAAAGAAAUUAGACGUUAUGUAAGUAUAUAUAUUUUACAGUAAAUUAAUACCAUUCUACUUGAGUACAAGGACAAUAUUAAAGUGAAAUUUUAAAAAUAAAAUAAAAUGAAAAUAAAGGACAAGAGGUUUACUUUUUCCUUUUCACAAUAAUCGUAUCCACAUCGAUAUAAGAGUCUUCAGUUUGAAGGAUAUCGAGUAGCAUUGCUUUAAAAUAAUUAUAGUGAUCUUUUAAAAGCUUUUUUCGGUCUUUCUUUAAGAAUUGAUUUGAUUGUCCUAUUCUUGCUGGGCAAGUACCUUUCAAGGCUCACUUGCCAGAUGGGCAAGGCAGCAGAAAAAACGAGCAGGAAGUUUUCCCGGGCAAGUAAAAUGUAAGAGCUGCUUGCCCAAUGAACAAGCUAGAAUUCCGAGCAUCCGAAUAGGACAAUCACAUGUAACUUUUGGGGGGCAUAUAAACUAUAUGUCCGACAAAACUCAUGUGAUAAUCAUUUUUAUCAAUACACAAGGCCAAAUCGUACGAAUUUAUUUCAUAUGGAAAAAUUGUUUAACAUGAAAUCAUGUUGCGGGCUCCAAAUUCCAUUUAAAGACCGUACUUUGCCAUUUGGCAGGCGAAAAAGAGCGUUUUAGUGUGGGAAUUUUGUCUUGUGGCCGCGUGUAGUGAUAAUAACUUUUUAAUUUUAAUUUCAGCCCUGUAUUUAAUCUCCCAGUGUAUAGCUCCUCAUGUUACGCUACUUUAAUAUGCCCUACGCAGAAAAGUGUGAGCAAACGGUUUAGUUAUCUGGAAAAUUCAGCAACAUUUAUUUAUUAACUUUUAUUUGCCUUUAUCACAUACCCUUUCAUACAAUUUAAAAUUAAGACUAAAUUAAGGCGAGGAGAUCCCAAGAAACCAAAUUGAAAAUGAUUACAGGUGAGACUUUCUGUAAAUAUUAAUGCAGAUGUAUCUGUAGUGGUUCAAUUUAUCGUUGUUUUAUUGUAUUUUUCUUUGCUUCAAACUGAUUGUCAAACCCCAAAACCGAAAACAAGGAGAAACAAAAACGGUGAGCUCCAAGGAUAAAAUGAAUCGGCAACACAUCUAUUAAUAAUCGCGUUAUCUUUUUUACUUUAGGAGUACUUGAAGUUUUACCACUACAUCUCACCAACAGACACCGGUAACCAUAACACCACAUUAGCCAUCGAGAAGUUCCAACGAUUCUUUGGCUUGUCUAUAACUGGUACCCUUGAUGACGAGACUUUAGAAGUUAUGCACAAACCCCGUUGUGGAGACCCGGAUGUCAAUGACGCAGGCACACGCGUGAGACGGUACGCAACCAGGGGAAUAUGGAAUAGGCAAAACCUGACCUAUUAUUUGUCGUAUGGGAAUGAUAUGACGCAUUCUCAACAAUCACGAAUCAUUGCCAGAGCCUUUAAAUACUGGAGUGACGCAGCACCAACUUUGAACUUCACUAGAACCUAUAACCCUAACACAACCGAUAUAAAAAUCAGGUAGGUUUGUGAUUUAUUAUUGAUGAUAAAGCUCAAAUAUAACGCGCCCGCUGCUGAUUGGUUGAAUAAGAGUGCUUUAUGAGAGUACAAGACAUGAAGCUAAAGCUGUCCCGCCAUUUGCCAAUAAUUUGUUCUGAAAAUUAGAAAGUAAUGCGGCGUGGGAAAUUUGUAUAGGUAAUAGUAUGAUUUGUAGUGAUAUUUGACAUAAAUACCACGAGUGAUCAGUAUUUCAAAAUUGUUAUAGGUAAUUUGAGACAAUUUGAAAUAUCACGAGUGGUAUUUAUGCCAAAUGUCACGUACAAAUCAUGCUAUUUUAAUAGCAUUUAGUAAACAAUUAAAAUUGUUUAUACUACUACCCGUAGAAGGUUUGUAAUUUUCACAUGUAGGUAUUUCAAAUUAAGCUGAAAUACCACUGCUCUGAGCCAAUCAAAUUGCAGAAAUUUCUCAUGUAGUAGUAUAAGUAUGGGUAAUAGCAUGAUUUAUAGUGAUGUUUGACAUAAAUACAACGAGUGAUCAGUAUUUCAGAAUUGUUACACGUAAUUUGAGACAAUUUUGAAAUAUCACUAGUGGUAUUUGUGCCAAAUAUCACCUACAAAUCAAGCUGAAAUACCACUGCUCUAAGCCAAUCAAUUUGCAGAAAUUUCUCAUGUAGUAGUAUAAAAGAUGAAAGAAAAGGACUGGAAACAGACUAACAGAGUACUUUUCGAGCUCUAGCCGCUCCAGGUGCAUGCGUUAAAACAGAACAGAGCACAGUCAAGGCUUCCUUAUUUGUUAAUCAAACUUUAAGUAGCACUUUUCCUUACCCUUCCCUUCCCUCUUUGGUUCUAAUGUACCCAAAUGGGAUGGUAGGUUUACCCUCUCCUCUGCUCAGUAGUAUAACAUAUAUAUGUAUCUGGGCUUUCCCGGCUUUUUACACAUGCACGAAAUAAUCGGCCACUAUGGUGGCAAAAUUCAUCCCAAAAUGGAUUCAUCCCAAAAUGGAUAUUGCAGGUCGAUAAAAUCUCACAUUCAGGGUGUAAGAGAGUGAAGGAAGGGGGGGGGGGGGGGGGGGGGAGGGUUGGUGUCACCCACACCUAUUGUUGUGUUUCGGAUUUCAUCCACAUCUUUACUUAUUAUUCUAAUCAUUAAACACAUUUUGACAAAAUCUUUUGGUCACCGCUUGCUAUGGUAACGACUUAUGACUUCCUUAGUACAAAGAGUUCAUGCUCGCAGGUUUUCUCUUUUUCCUGCAAAAGUAUUUAAAAAUAGCAUCAACGAAGAGUAGGAAAUUGUUGUUUUUGUUGUUAUUUUUUUUCCAUUUUUUCAUAUUUUUACAUUUUUGAUGAUGAUGAUGAUGAUGAUGAUGAUGAUGAUGAUAAUGAUGAUGAUGAUGAUGAUGAUGUUAUAAUGACGAGUUUCACCGAUAUUUUAAAAACAUGUAUACCGAUACAUCUCUGCCUUAAGUGUAUAAUGGGACUACGGUACGCUUGGCUACCACCGGCCCACUGUUUUAACAAAACGAACACAUCAAUAUUGACUUUAUUAUAAGUUUACUUGGAUAAUAACGAAUAUUUUUUGUACUAAAGAUUUAGACAAAAGAACGUUACAGUUCUUUGAAAGGAAGAUUUAUUAGCUCCCCACCUCGAUUGAGAUACCUCCGUUGAAUAGGCGCCCUCAUCUUAGCCGAAAUUCAGUAUCGAGGUGACGGGGUGCUUAUUCGAGAAAAUACGGUAUGAGGCACAAUAUGGUGUGAUAUAUUUAGUUUUAAUUUUCACAUAUCAAUUGCAUUGAAUCUGAACCUUUGCAGCUUUGGACGAAGACAACACGCUGGAGUCCCACAUGAAGGAAAUUGUCCUUACCCUUUUGAUGGACCAGGAAGGGUCAUUGCGCAUGCUUUUUUCCCUCUUCCAAACUUUUUUAGGCGAGGCCGAAUCCAUUUUGAUGACGAUGAAACGUUUACAAAGUUUGGUAAGCUAAUAUACCAUAAGUUACUCGAAUAUACUUAGAGUGUGGAAACCAACAACAACAACAAAAAAAAUUAUUGAAAAUUGGAAAUAUAACUAAUUGAAUUACUCUCCCACCCGCAAAUAGCUUAUAAUUAAACCAAUCGAGGCGGGGGGAGCUGAAGAGAUAUUACAAGUACAAGGUUUAUCUAUAGAUGGACUAAAUAACAGUGACGACAGUACCAUUAUUAUUACUAUUACUAUUUAAUUUGUAUGAUGUUUGUGAUGCCCAAGUGUGGCAAUGGUUUAAAAAUAUAGCUAGUAACUAUUGCAGAGAUGGCAUCUGUUGGAAGGUCCCUCUGAAAAAUUACGCACUCUUUACAGGCUACCAGGUAUCAGGGGCAGAUCCAGGGGAAGGUGCAGGGGGCCCACCCCCCCCCUCCCCCCGAGACGACCUGCGGUUUUCUAAUGCAACUGAUAUUCUGCAGUAGAAGCAAGAUUCUGAAGUAGAGCGUAGAGCAAGAGACGAGUGCACCCCUCCUAGAAAAAAUCCUGGAUCUGCCCCUGGGUAUUUUACAACUUUUAAAACGUGUUCUUCUGAAUAAAGUUUCAGGGUUUUGGCAGGACAUUUUUUUCCUUGAAAAGCUCAUUUAUACGUGGAUAAGAAGAAAAACCAUCGUACAAAAUCAACUAUAUAUCGUUUAUCUGUAAAAUGUUUAAAUAAAUAUAUGAUCUUCUCCGUUGUAAUGGCAAACUUGGGGCUAAAUUUUUUCCAAGCAAUCAAUUUGCAAUUGCUUAAUAUGAAUCAUUUGCAAUUGCUACUGAACCAAUCACUUAUUCAUUUAAAUUUGUCUUAACGCAGUUCACUUUAUUCGAUCUUCAUUCUCAGUACGAAACACCUUUUUUUAAACUUUGAACGUAGGUGGUAAGACGUUUGGUUGGUUUUGGUACCGACGGCGAACCAUAGGGCUCCUUUACACGGCGGUGCACGAAAUAGGGCAUUCAUUAGGCCUUAUGCAUUCCGAUGUAUACAGCGCGGUUAUGUGGCCUAUAGCAAGGGCGGGCAAACCAGUCAUGGACCAGGAUGACAUUGAUGGGAUAAACGCUCUUUAUGGAGGAGGAGGAGGAGGAGGGGUAAGUAAAUAGACUGGGUAGGAUGGGUCAGGGUUAGGAUUAUGGUUUAGGGUUACGGGUUAAGGUUAGGGUUAGGGUUAGGGAAGAAAUACGAGCUCCCCUAAAAACGCCUGCGUGGGAGGCUACCUCCGAACCGACUCGGUCGCCGUACGCGUAAAAUAAAAAUCCAAUCGAACUAAAAGUUAUUUUUCUAGAAAUGGUUUACCUAGACCUAUAUUCUGACAAAGUUUGGGGAUUUUCGAUUUUUUCAUUUUGCACACCCCCAGGCGAUAUUUACGGACGGCCGCUCUUAAUUUUGUUCUCUAAAAUUUGACUGAGGUAAUGAGAGUUAUACAAAGAACUCUACAAACUCGAUUAUUUGUUUUUUGUUGAUGAUUUUUGUUUGUUUGUUAGUUCUUGUUGUCGCUUUUCAUCACAUCCGACACGUUUGACCGAAAUGGAGUCUUUUUUCGUCUUUUUUAGGAUGACGCUUGA